UUCUUAUUGACUCACUUUCCCUUUUCUACUGGUGGACAGACACUGCAACUUACAACGAAGCGUAAAAAAUUAAAAACCAAAAACAAAAGAAAAAAAAAAAAAGAGUAGUAAAAAGAGCAGCUUUCUCAUCUCAUCUGCAAACGCACUUCUCAUUUGCAGCUGUUAACAAACAAAGACAGACAGACCGAUCUCUUAAGCUCUGCCACCAGUCAAAAUUGAAAGGUGAAGAUACUACAAUCAGAUUGCAAGAGCACAUGGCUAACAUAGACAUAGAGGGUAUCCUUAAGGAGCUUCCAGAAGAUGGACGUGUCCCUAAGACAAAGAUCGUCUGCACUCUUGGGCCUGCUUCUCGAUCUGUCCCUAUGCUCGAGAAGCUUCUCAGGGCUGGCAUGAACGUUGCCCGCUUCAAUUUCUCUCAUGGCACCCAUGAAUACCACCAGGAAACUUUGAACAAUCUCAGGAUUGCCAUGCACAACACCCAGAUCCUCUCUGCUGUCAUGCUCGAUACCAAGGGACCUGAGAUUCGGACUGGUUUCCUAAAGGAUGGGAAGCCAAUUCAACUAAAGGAAGGCCAGGAAAUCACUGUGACUACUGAUUACAGCAUCAAGGGUGACACAGACAUGAUUUCCAUGAGCUACAAAAAACUGCCAGUUGACGUGAAACCUGGAAAUACGAUCUUGUGUGCAGAUGGUACCAUCACUCUGACUGUUUUGUCUUGUGAUCCAGAGGCUGGAACAGUGCGAUGCCGCUGUGACAACACUGCAAUGCUAGGUGAGAGGAAAAAUGUCAAUCUUCCUGGUGUGGUGGUGGAUCUUCCCACUCUGACAGAGAAGGAUAAGGAAGACAUUUUGGGAUGGGGAGUUCCCAACAAGAUUGAUAUGAUUGCUCUUUCAUUUGUACGCAAGGGGUCAGAUCUUGUUCAUGUGCGUAAGGUCCUUGGGCCACAUGCCAAGCAUAUCCAAUUAAUGUCAAAGGUUGAGAACCAGGAAGGUGUUGUUAACUUUGAUGAGAUCUUGCGGGAGACUGAUUCAUUCAUGGUUGCUCGUGGUGAUCUCGGAAUGGAAAUUCCUGUUGAGAAGAUUUUCCUGGCACAAAAGAUGAUGAUAUACAAGUGCAAUCUUGUCGGCAAGCCUGUGGUCACCGCCACUCAGAUGCUUGAAUCAAUGAUUAAGUCUCCGCGACCAACUCGUGCUGAAGCCACUGAUGUUGCUAAUGCUGUUCUUGAUGGCACUGAUUGUGUUAUGCUUAGCGGUGAGAGUGCAGCUGGGGCUUACCCAGAGAUUGCUGUAAAGAUUAUGCGUCGAAUUUGUAUUGAAGCAGAAUCAUCCCUUGACUAUGGAGCUAUCUUCAAGGAAAUGAUAAGAUCAACCCCACUUCCUAUGAGCCCAUUGGAGAGCCUUGCAUCAUCAGCUGUACGAACUGCUAACAAGGCUAAAGCAAAGCUCAUUGUUGUCUUGACACGUGGGGGGACAACGGCGAAAUUGGUAGCCAAGUACAGGCCAGCUGUUCCAAUCCUUUCUGUGGUUGUCCCGGUGUUGACGACGGAUUCGUUUGAUUGGACCUGCAGUGAUGAGACCCCUGCAAGGCAUAGCCUGAUAUAUAGGGGCUUGAUUCCUCUUCUGGCGGAAGGAUCUGCUAAGGCUACUGAUGCAGAAUCUACUGAGGUUAUUUUGGAAGCUGCUCUGAAGUCGGCGACAGAGAGGGGGCUGUGUAAGGCUGGUGAUGCUGUUGUUGCACUUCAUCGAAUUGGAGCUGCCUCUGUUAUUAAGAUAUGCAUUGUGAAAUGAUAUGGAGAAUGCAGACUGGCUUGGCGAGAAGUGGGAGUUGGAAGAAAAUGGAAAUGUGUUUUGUUUAGUACAUGGUCGUUGCAGGAUUUUUUAGUUAUUAUCUAUCCUUUAUCAGAGAUGCUAUAUGGUACUUGAAUAAUGUUUUAAUUGGAUAAUCUAUAUAUCCAGGGAAUAUGGAUUUGUGUUGUGCA